CUGCUUCCCGGGUUCCCUCAUCCUUGGAGCUCCUGGUGCGGCUCGGCCCCACGGCUCCCCCCGCGCACGGCGCCGCUCAGCUGCACGCCGCGUUUCCCGGGGGAAGAUGAAGCCGUGCCGGGCGGGGGUUCAUUCUCGUCAGCCCCUGGGCCUGGGUCUGGCCACGCUCCGCUUCUCUACAUUGGAAACCCGACGGGACUCGCGGGGAGCAGAGCACCGCCGAGCGGGGACCCGCUCCCGCGUUUCGUGCCGCCGCUGGCGGGGCCGUACGUGCGCUCAGCCCCGGCUAUUCCCCGAAGUGCCAGUGCGGGACUGGAGGCUGAGUCACGUCCCGCCCGGCGGGGCCAGCCUGUGCUCAGCGUGCCGAGGGACGGGCUCUGCCGGGGAGGGGGGAGCCCUGCCCUGCCCUGCCCUUUCCCUGCAGCUCCUGAUCACAGCGCUGCGGUUCCUCGCCUUGAUCUCAUCGCGGCUCCGCACGACACCCUCGCCCUGAACCUGACAUCGCCUCGCGUGAGAGCGCGGCCCGGCCUCCGCCGCCCGCGGCCCCCCCGGCACGCAAAUCCCCGGGCAGGGCUCACGCAGGGGAACAGCUGUUGCGAAAGCUGGAGCUGCAGCUCUCGCGGCCCGAGAAAAGGGCUCUGCAGCGCCCGGCGCCGCGCAGCUCACACCGGCAUCCCGGGGGAGCCGAGCUGGCACUGCUCCCCUCCUCUCCGCGUGCUUUGGGGACGGGGCAGAGCUGCUUUUGUAGCUCCAUUAUUGGGGGGAGCGGAGGGCUCCGCAGUGCAGCUCGUCGGCUCGCAGCUCGGGUUGCUCGGCAGGGAGCCGAGGGCUCACCGAGUCCGAGCCCUGCUCAGGCCGGGGCUGUGCGUGCGGCACCAGCUGUCUCCGCCCCGCCCGCUGGCAGGCAGCCGCCUCCGCCCCCCGCGCACAUGGGGUCCUUGGGGGGGGGGGGCACCUCGGAUGCUAAGCUGCAGGGGCUCGGGCGGUGCCUCGCUGCUGCCAGCGCCGGGAUUAGCGAGCCGGGCCGGCACGCAAGGCCCCGCGGCGGGGAACAGGCACCCGGCCACGCACGCUAGCGGCGGCCGCAGCCCGGGGAUUGUCCCCCGGGCCGGGCCAGGACGCGACGCCGCAGCCAGCGCCUUCCGUGCGGCCGCGCCACGUGCGUGCAGCUGCGGCUUCCGGCCCGGCCCCGGGCUUGCGUGCGGCGCAGGCAGCCGCGGCCCGGAGAGCGCACGCACGGGUGACCCGGGAGCUGGCGCGCAGGUGUUGGGGGAGGAGCUGUCGGGACAGUCACGCUAUGGCUAGGAGGGAGCAGGGACACGGGGCCGCCGGGGGAGCGAGCGGCGCUGCCUUGCCCCGCGGCUUUGGGCGGGAGGCUGGGGGGUGCAGCUGCCGCUCCCCCGGGCUGCGCAGCUGCGGCCGGGGAGAGGUGUUCAAUCCCACCCACGUUUCAAAAAGCAAGAGUCCCCCUCCCUUGAUCCCGGCCGCGGCCCGAGCAGGCGAGGGCGCUCGGUUUGCAAGGAAGCGCGCUGCCCUCGCGCUGAUGUAACAGGCUGUGCCCGAGGACGCCCUGUACCCUCCGCAGCACGGCCCGUCCCGCCCUGCCCCGCUCGGGGAUGCGCGGUGCCUCGGUUUCAGCAGGGUAUUUCCGAUGUCCUAUUUUGACUUUUAGUCCAGCCUGCUUCAAAGGAGUCAGGAGCUGCGUCCGGGUUUGUCCCGAAAUAGGCAGAGCGGCUCUGCCCAGGCUGGCACGAGGGAGUGGGGAAGGCUGAGAUCGGAAUGCGAAGGACACGCUGAGCCGGGCCGGCGCCCUCCCAUUUAAGCCGAGGGCAAAGGCCCCUGAUGAUUUCAGCCUGUGCAACAUUAGGGUCACGAUGAUCUUCUCAGGGGUCUUGCACGUACUUAGCAUCUCAUCGUCUGACAUCAUCUCAGCAGAAGCAGGGGCAGCUAAUACCUAAUAACAGCUGCAACCUGUACCUAAUAUUUCCGUGCUUAUCAUGUUAAUUCUGGCUGCUUGCAUUAUUUAUGCAUCAGUUUGAUGUAGAAGUGUUUCACUAAUACAAACAAGGGCAGUGUAUUUAUAUUAGAUUUUUUUAAAAAGGUGAAACUCAAAUUCCCUUUCUUGGAAGCCCUGGAUAAAUGUUCACAUAUCCUGAAUUUUGUGUAGCUACUUCUGUUAUAGGCCUGACACUAUUAGGAACCAAAGUCACUGAAAGAUGAGGAUUCUCGGUACCAGAUGGAUAAUGAACCUUCUGCAGUUGGCACUGGCCUUAACUUGUUAUCUUGUGCAGUUGUGUUUCAUUCAUACAGCUUAGUGCUAGAUGCAACCUCACUUUCUAGUGUAGAUAUGAGCAGAAUUAACAAAUACACGGAUUGUAUUAGUUUGAUCAACAACACUACUGUCAGGCUGUUCUGUUUUUCAUUACAAGAUGUUUGCUGUUAGCUUUUAUUCCAGUUCUGAAUGACAGUGGAUGUUUCACCCAGAACCAUAUUGUUAAUCAAACCUUCUCUAAAGGGGGAAAAUAUCAAACACACAGAAGUAGACCAGUUACAGCAUGUGUCUCAUUUGUUCUCAUAGUUUAUAGAUUAACUUACUAUAUUGGUCAUGUGCAUGGUUCAGGAAACGAUCAAGAUAAAGGGAUGCAGAUUCAUGAACCCAGGAGGACAUUAGGAUCAUAAAAAAGCAAGCUGGAAGGGCCCUGAAGAAGCCAUCUAGUCCAACCCCCUGCUUAAGGCAAGAUCAUGUGUUUAAAUUAUUCUAGACAACUGUCUGAUGACCUGUUCUGUUGCCAAAGGUUCAUCCAGAAUACAGAUGACCUGCACCAGGUUCAAGGGGAUGAAGACCUAAACAAAAGCUGUCAAAACCCCCAAGCCCAACACUUCAUCAAAGGAGUGACCCAAACUCCUGGCGUGUUGUGACAAGGCUGACAAGACAGAGUAAAGCAAAACAUUCCCAGGAAGCCAAGGCUGCUGGCCUUGGUUUAGGUUUGGAAGGCUGCACGUAAGACAACAACAUGAAAAGGAGUGAGUGUGGGAUGUGAAAUUAAUUCAGUUGAAACAGAGUCAUAAUAAAAACUCCUACUUUGAUUCUCACAUCUUUAAUUGAUUUAUUUACUUUUUAUUGGUCUGCUGUAAACUCAAACAGAUUUCAUUCUAGGCUGCCACAGAGAGCAAAGGCAGUUCAGACAGAGGUUGAACAUAUGUCCCAGCUUACAGGGAUUGACCCAGGCUUGAGGAACAAUUUGAAGGUCACAGACAGCUCAAGUGAAACCAAGAUGCUGUUUUCAGUAAAACCAGCGAGGCGUUCAGCUGGUUACUUCUCUCUGCUUGCUUUGCCCUGCCAGGUAGGCUGUGCCCCCCUGUUGUUGGAUUUGAAAUGGCUUCUGCUCGCUCACUGGGUUACGAGAUGGGACCUGGGACAGUGCAAUGCAGUAAGGCAGCAAAGUCUGUGAAGCAGCACCACAGCUGCACACUUUUGAACUUAAAAUGUGAUUUUUAGUUUCAAUUCAGGCCCUGCAGAGCAACAGGAGCGGAGAUUGUGGUACUCUAUUAUUCAAGGCCUCUAUUACAGGAAAUGACAAAGCAAGAUCUCUUCUCAGCACGUCUGUGCUUGUCCAGGUAGAAGUUAAAGAUAGCACUUUUGCAACCACAGAAAUAUGCCCACUAAUAUUAUUUCUCUUUCUCACUGAAUAAAGCAAGUUGACAAUUUUGCAUUGGGCAGGUUAGAUUUGCACCCUGGGCCUGCAUAAAAGUGACUGCUAUGCUUCACUACACAUACCGUCAUUUGAUCCUCUCUCGGUUUUGCCCGGCAGUCUUGCCUCUCCCGGCAGUAUUCAAUGCACAAGCAAAACCAAACCCUGUUCUUUCCCAUGUCUGAAAGCCCUCAAGUGGCAACCGCAGCUAACUCUUGUUAGCGGAAGUGCUGCCAGGUGCACCCCGCCUGGCCGGCAGGACCUGGAAGUCUCCAGCAUUGCUCAGGGACCGAAGGUCGUGCGUGGCUCCUGCUUUUCCAGGCAAGUGCGUUGUCACCCUGUGUAGGACGCACCGGGUGCUGCCCCUCCUUCCUUAUCCGCCCCCCCGGCUCGCUCCUCCCCAGGAAAGACAGGCGUGCUGAGCUCCACCCCUGCUUUUAUUUCACACGCCAGGCAAGGCUGGGCCUCCACUCGCUGGCCCGCGGCUCCAGCCCUUGCAGCGAGGGGACGCCCCGCCCCCGCCGGCGCGCGACUCCUCCCGCUCUGCGUCACGUUCGAGUCACGUUCCCUGGGCGCCGGUUGCCAUGGCGCCCAGGGAAGCCGUUGGCGCCGCGCGAGACGCCGAGUUAAACACCUGCUGCUGACCGUGUAAUUCCCACCAGUCCUGUGUCUUCCUGCCUCACAACUGUGCCUGAAUUUUGGAAGGCCAUGGAUCGGCAUCUUCCUAUGCACGCAUUACCUGAAGAAAUCCAGAAGAUGUCCCGGGAUGAAACAGUAUGUAAAUAUUGUGGAGUCAGCUAUCUGAUCCUUCAUGAAUUUAAGCUGAUGGAAGAAAAAGUAAAAGCAAUGGAAAACAAGAUGAAGUUUUAUGAGGAAAGUGUAGAACGGGAGAAAAGGCUUCAAGCAGAAUUGCACUCUCUUAGCCAGGACUUUGAACUUUGCAGAACUGACAGUGAAUCAAAAACAGAAAGAAUACAAAAUCUAACCCUGCAGUUGAAAAACAAACAAGAUGAAUUGCAAAAUCUAAAUGGGGAUUUGAGAUGUUUCCAAGAAGAGAAGGAAGUCGCAUAUAAGCAGUUGCAGCUGUUCAGAAGAAUAUUGGAGAACCACCGGUUAACUCUGCACGAGGCUCUUUCAUUACUUCUCUUUGUUAGAACUGAGCUAGACAGUAUUAAACAAGUAGUGGCUAAUAAUCUAGAUAGCUGGACUACACUGAAAGAAGAGAUUUUUCGACAAAUAAAAACUUUAAGCAAAGCAGUUUUGACAGAGAUAUCCAUAUUGAAUAAAAGGUUGGCAGAAUCCCAAAAGAAUAAUGUGUCCCUCCAAGAAGAGGUGAAACAGCUGAAGUUGGUGUUUGAUGAAGUUGAACUGAAAACUCAGCAGCUUCAGCACUCACUCCAGCGAGAGAAUGAAUUACAAAAGGAAACACUAGAUUUAACAAAUCAAGUAGAGACAGUUGGACUCAAAUUUCAGAAAGUAACAGCUGAACUGGACCACUACAAAAAUCUAUUCAUAAUGAAAACAACAGAAGUUGACAGCUACCAAAGUGAACUAAAAAAACUGGAGCAUGCAAAUGACAUUUCACAAUCAAGGCUUACUAAUGAUUUAAAAGAAAAAGAAGAGUCUUUGCUAGUUUGCCAACAAGUAUGCAGUCAUUUACAGGAAGAAGUGACUGAGAAAGAGAGGCAAGGAGAAGAGCUAAAACGAAGGACUAAUUGUUUAGAGAGUGAACUGCAAACAAUGAAAAAUCUUCUUAGACAGAGAGAAGAAGAAGUGGAAAUGCUAAAAAAAGAAAGGGAGGUAAUGUUGAUUUCUCAUCAGAACAAAACAGAGCAGCUGCAGGGAGCAUUAAAACAGAAGAUGCAGAAUGAAGACAACUGGAAGAAAAAGAUUGAAACCGACCUAGCUAAAUCUCAAGCACAACACAAAGAAGAGAUUCUCAUACUCAAGGAAGAAGCUAGGAUAAAACUAGACACUGAAAGACAAAAACACCAAGAAUUAAUCAGCAAGUAUCAAAAAGAUAAGGAAGAGUUACAGAAAAAGGUCCCUGAAUUAAUAUCCAGGGCCACGGAUGGCCUAAGUGUAGAAGUGGAAAUUCUUGAAAAGAAACUACAAGCAGCACAAAACAAACUGACAGAAAAGAACAGAGAUAUGGGAAAAGAAAUUCAAAGCCUUAAAAGACUGAAUACUGAGCUUGAGUUUCAGCUUAAGAAGGAACAAAAGAGCAAUGAUUCACUUUUGGAGCGUAUGAGGAAAGAAAUUAAAAAGAAGUCAGAUGAACUGGAAAAAAUAACCCAGGAACAAACCCAGCUGCUUCAGAAUUUGAGUCAGGCUGAAGAAGAGAACUCUCUUCUCCAGGAAACAGUGCGCAGGGAGUGUGAGGAACGCUAUGGACUAACUGAAGCAUUGACUCAAGCCAAAGAACAAAUACUGGAACUGAAGACACUCAGUGGAAACUUCCCAUUGUCACAGUGUUCUCUCACUCAGGGCAGCAUAACCUCCUGUGCUGCACUGGUCAAUAGUUAUGGGCAGAAAAACCUUACAAGUCCAAAUUCUGGGAAGGAAAUCAAACUCUCAGAGCUGUGUGGCAUUUCAAGAGCUGCUAAUACACCAACAUCCAAUAAGCACAAGAGCAAUGGUGAUGUGGGUUUACCAGUUCUAACUCUACCACAUCCUCCUAGGGGAAGAGCAUCUCUGAAUGAAUCCAGGAGCAGAAUAACUGCAAUUAUAAGGAGACAACUGAGUCAGCUUUAAUAUAUAGAAAUGACAAGGACAGAUUGUUUUAUAUCUCUGUGUAGCACAGGAAAGACCCUUCAGUGCAUCAUGUAGUCUCUUAGUGGUGUAUCAUAGGGGCAUAAAUGACUCUGAAGUUCUUUCUUGAAGAUUAGUGCAUUUCUAUUUUUCAAGAACUUAAAACUAAGCUAAAACUUACUUUCAGAUACAUAUCUCACAACACAGGGAGAGCAUAUAUGGCAAAAUUGUAACUAAAUUAUUUGCAAAAUUA